CCAUAUUUCCGAUCGUAAUUUGGAGAUUUGCACAAGAAAUAGAUCGUGUCGUUUGAUUUGGAUUAUUUAAAACAUAAUAAAAUCUGCAUCAAAAACGUGGCCAUAAAAAUAGGGAUGAGUGGCUAAUAAAUGUAAAAUAUACAACAACAAUGUGCUACAGAUCCAGUGUUCAUACCAAAUUGUAAAUUAAUUGAAUUUGUUCAUAAUUGUGGAAUCUUUUGUUAAAAAAGUCAGAGAAACAAUGGAUUGGAUAAUUUCCGACGAGUUGGGGCUCACAGUCGGCCAUGUAGUGGGUUGGACCGCGGCCGGUGCUAUGAUCAUUGGAGGAGUAGCACCCUACAUCCCUCAAUACAGGCAUAUUCGUAAAACACAGGAUGCAGAAGGAUUUUCACUUUAUGUCUGCUUAACACUUUUAAUAGCCAACACUUUACGUAUACUUUUCUGGUUUGGGAAAAGAUAUGAGUUACCCUUACUGAUUCAGAGCAUUGUAAUGAAUAUUACAAUGUUUGUGAUGAUACAUCUUUGUGUUACAGUAAGAAAAAAGAACCAAAUAAUAAGGGCAAGAGAAAGAAUUUUCACAGGUGCAAUAUUCAUGUUAUAUAUACUGUUGUGUUGUAUAAAUGGGUCAGCCCAGCCAGAUGAGACGGCCGGCUGGUUAGGACAGCAGAGUGGCAUCACUGGCAGUGAGAAGCCGCAUCGCUUCUAUGAUAUGGAUAGGAAAUAUUUCUGGGCGUGGACGGACUUCCAGAGCUACGUGGACUGCAUGCUGGUGUUCUCAGUACUCGGUGCUGCUGUCACGUACCUGCUCAUCGAGUUCUCUCCCUUUGUCGAACUGAUUGGCUUCCUCGCUGUGUUCACGGAAGCCAUGUUGGGUGCUCCUCAAAUAGCCAAAAAUCUACAAAACAAGAGCACUGAAGGCAUGAGUGUAAGCAUGGUAAUCAUGUGGACCUGUGGGGACGUGUUUAAAACGGCAUAUUUUGUGAUCAGAGAAGCUCCAACACAGUUCUGGGUUUGCGGAAGUCUUCAAGUCACCUUGGAUAUUGUGAUAUUGUUCCAGGUGUGGAUAUACCGGCAUAACACGUCGGCGGCGCGGAGACUGCGACGCGGGGACUAGCAGUGGACGGAGAGUGAGUUAUAGCGCCCGACGCCCGCGCGCCGACGCCCCUCCCCCGGCCACGCCCCCGGCCCCGCCCCCGCGCGCGCCCGAUCACACACACUAUAUGUGAUUAACCUUGUAGUACGUUUGUAGUUUUGCAAUGUGCUGUACAUCCAAGCUGGGACUUGUACCUACUCGAAAUAUAAAGGCGCAGAAGAUUGCGCCCAAACCAGCCUUACAAUCGAACGAAUCGAGGUACUGGACCCCUAAUGUUAAUUAGUAGAGUUGUGGGACUGUUGUAGAAAAUAGUAGUCUACGCAUGACAUGCGUAUAUUGUGAUUGGCAAGGUGAAUUUGAAUUGCACCAAGACCGAAAGUUCAAAACCGCUCUAAAAGAGCCGCACAUUGUAGACUUAUCUGCGUACCGAUAACGAAUCGGUUUGUACUUUGUACAGUCAUUUAUGGUUUUUAGCCUUUUUGACUAACAUAUAAGUGGAAAGUGUACAUUGGGUGAUGCCAAACAUUUUAGUGAGUAGGGAAACUCAUAUAAAACAAGAGAGUUAGAAAGAGCUUACAUACACCUUGACACUUAUAUCUUCAUAGUGUUAAUAACUUUAUCAUGUCUA